AUGGCAACGAAAGGACUUUCCGUUUUCCUCCCUGGCGACUACUGCCCCUUAAUUCAACCUUCAGAAGACACUGCAGCAGAGGCGGCGGAUGGAGCGUCCGCCUCGGCUGGCGCUGCAGCAGCAGUAGCCCGCACGUUCGACUGGAGUGCCGUGCACGUUCACUCAUCUCAGGCUACUGGGACUUCUGAGCCGCAGCAACAGCCGGAGUCUUCAGUUGAGAUAGAAGGGGCGGGGCCUUGCGUCAAAGCCAGAACGGCUUCCUUGCUACUGCCUAGGCACGUCUUGCCCCCUCACGCCCCCACAUACGUGUGUAUUAGCACACACAACAGAUACACGCCGCGAGUUGGGGAUAUUGUCAUCGGAAUCGUCAAUACAAAAGGAUCAGAGUACUAUGGAGUCAACAUCCGUGGUUUUGCCCCUGCCCGCCUGGCAGCAGUGGCGGGAUUCGAGGGUGCGACGCGGCGUAGCAAACCGCAGCUGAGCAUCGGAUCUGUGCUGCUGCUGCGCGUUUCACACCUGUCUCCCCUGCUGGGGGCUGACGUUACCUGCUGCACCAGCAACUGCAGCAAGCCGUGGACCAGCAGUGAGAAGGUACUUGGAGAGCUAAGAGGUGGAACCAUUAUUGAGGUUCCUAUUCCGUUCGCAUUCAGUCUGGUACUGCAACUAUUGGGCAGCCGCCUUCAAUUUGAGAUAGCCAUUGGCCUCAAUGGCCGCGUUUGGAUCAAAGCCGAGACGCCUGCUCUCAGCAUACGGGUGGGGAACUGCAUUACUGCCGCAGCAGCGGGAAGAACACCUGCGAUGCUGCAGGCUAUCGUAGACGCUGUCUUACAACAGUGA